GGCCGGUUGUUGUCACGGGCGCUGCAGAAAUGGCGGCGGCGGGGAACGCCGGCGGGGCUGCCGGGGGACCGGGGCGGCCGCCGCCCGGGGACCUGCGCAGCGUGCUGAUCACCAGCGUGCUGAACCUGGAGCGGCUGGAGCUCGACCUCUUCAGGGGCCGGCACCACUGGGUGCCCGCCACGCAGCGCCUCUUCGGCGGGCAGAUCGUGGGGCAGGCCCUGGUGGCGGCCGCCCGCGCCGUUAGCCGCGACGAGCAGGUCCACUCGCUGCACUGCUACUUCGUGCGGGCAGGGGACCCCAAGGUGCCGGUGCUGUACGAGGUGGAGCGCACACGUACAGGGAAGAGCUUCUCUGUCCGUUCUGUGAAGGCCAUCCAGCACGGAAAGCCUAUCUUCACCUGCCAGGCCUCCUUCCAGCUCUCCCAGGGGAGCCCCGUGCAGCACCAGUUCACCAUGCCGGCCGUGCCACCCCCGGAGGAGCUGCUGACGCAAGAAGAGCUCAUCCAGAAGUUCCUGCAGAAUCCAAACUUGGCAGAGGGUUACCGAAAGCGUCUCAACAAGAUUCAAGCUGAAGACGUGCCUAUUGAUAUCAAGCCCGUGAACCCACCAGAUAUACUCUGCUCAGAGCUGCAGGAGCCAAAGCAGCUGUUCUGGGUCCGAGCUCGAGGCUAUAUAGGAGAAACUGACAUGAAGGUGCACUGCUGUGUGGCUGCCUACAUCUCGGACUACGCCUUCCUGGGCACAGCCCUUCUCCCGCACCGGCAGUACCGCAUCCGGUUCAUGGUGUCCCUUGACCACUCCAUGUGGUUCCACGCACCCUUCCGAGCGGACCACUGGAUGCUGUAUGAGUGCGAGAGCCCCUGGGCUGGCGGGUGCCGGGGACUGGUGCAGGGACGGCUGUGGCGCAGGGACGGGGUCCUGGCUGUUACCUGUGCGCAGGAAGGAGUCAUCCGGGUGGAGCAGACACCAAACCAGAGCAAGCUGUAGCUGAGAGACCCGUGGGCUGGGACAUGCUAAGGAGGAACUCCAGGACCAAAACAGAUACAAGGCAGAAAGAAGCCUUGAAGGAGACAGGACCGGAUCCAGCACUGCAGGGAUGGGGACCUGUGGGGAUGUGGACCUGCCAGGGCAGCCUCUGUGACUGACUGCCAGCUGUGCUGCAUGUCACCACACGGUGCAAUCACCCACCCUUCACCCACCUUCAAUAAAGCCAUUGGGUGGA